AGUAGAGACGCUAUUUAAACUGAGCUGAGAGAUGAGAAGCAACAAACGCACACACACGCGCACACACACACGCGCGCGCGCGCACACACUCCGGGAGAGCAGCUAGACCGAGACUCAGCAUGGACACCAGCAGGACUAAGAGGACAUGGAUGUUUGUGUUUGGCUUCGUGGAGAUCCUGUGUGUCGGCACUGCCAGACUCAGACGAGAUCAAGGCCAUCAACCUGUGAUGCUCAAACAGACUCGAGUCUGCUUUCGUCACUCGUGUUCACCCAGUCUGAAGUGGGUCUGGAAGCAGUGCUGCCGUGUAAAUGGGACUCCCACAAGGAUGCGUCAUCUACAACACCGUAUAUCCAGUGGCAGACCUUAAAUCGCAUAGUGUUUGAGCGAAAGGGUUCCGCACGGUUUCAAGCUGAAGUUGUCCAGAACCGUGCUGAUGUUCCCGAGGCCGUGCUGGAGAGGGGGAACUGCUCCCUGCAUUUGACCGACAUCCGCUUUAGGGAUGCAGGGAUCUAUGAGUGUUAUCUGGUGGCUGGAAAGAAGGGCAACAAGAGGAGGAUCUUCAUCCAGAGUGUGCAGCUUUCUGUUCAUGAUCACAAGAGCACACAGGCAGUGGAACUGGGGAAAGACCUGAUCCUUCACCUCUAUACGCACCAGGCCGAGACAGUGGUGUUCCAGAAAUCAGACGGCGGCAAGUGGACAGAGGUGUGGCAACGACAGGGGAACAGUGGAAAUCUCAGCACUCGGGUGAAGGAGAGCGAUGGGAAACUUGUUAUCAGGAACAUGAGACCCAGCGAUGAGGGACUGUACAAAGUGAUGGACAGUGAAGGUCUCGCCCUGAGCACGGUGAAGGUCACUGUUAAAGAAGCGCCUUCACCCACAGUGAAGACCAUGAUGGAUAAACAGAUUGCUUUAGAAAACAGUGUCGGAGCGAUCUCUUCCUCUCCCCCUUUCAGCUUUCUCCUCAUCAUAUUCCUGUAUCUCCUCUGACACUGACGCUUCUGAUAAUGAUGAUGAUGAUGAUGAUGAUGAUGGGGUCGAGUGAGGAUUCUCAGGUCGUCCCUCAGGCUGAGUCCUGCAGUGGCUCAGGAACCGUCACAGGGGUUAACACUGCUCGCUCUGGGCAUCCUGGAGCAGGUGCACUAGAGUAAAGUGUCCUAACUCCUCCUUUGCUCCGGAGGCGCUGUGGAAUGAAAUUUACAGACUUAGAAGAUUUAAUGGUGUUUGUAGAAAGUAUUUUAUUAAUCUGUUUAUUAUUAUUAUUAUUAUUAUUAUUAUAUUACUGUCUCAUUUAUGGAAUUGAUAUGAACUAAAAUAUAACUGAAUAUGUUAUUUAGAAAGUUCUCCUCCACAGCAUUUGGUUGAGACUCGAGGUUUGAUUCAGGACUUCGAUUCUUUAGAGGUCAACAGAAAAAAUUGCUCGAAUGGAGUUUUUUACUUUCAUGAAACGCCUUUAUUUUUCUUGCACAUACAUUGGAUUUAAACCCUAUCUGUUUACAUUGAUGUCAUUUGGUAGACACCAGGAAAUCUGCAUAAUAUAUAUAAUUAAUUCUGUUUAAUAAUUAUUAUUAUACAGAAUUCUAAUGAUUAUAUAUGGGCUACAGCAGUACUUUAUUUUACAGUUUAAAGCAAAAUCCUACAGAACAUUUUCAUAAAUGUGUUGUUAGAAAAUGAAUUCAUAUUUAAAAAUGUGUUUAUAAUAAAAAAAUCAAUCCUCUUCUGCUUUGCUGCAUGUGUGGUGUAAAAUGCACUGUGCACUUUAUUUCCUUAUUCAAAUAAAAAUAAGUAAUUUCCUUCA